CGCGCCAGCGCCUGGGUUUCCCUGGCAACCGGUGGGCCCAAGGCACAGCCUGAGAGAUGCUACCCCGUCGUCCGCGCGAUCCCCUGCAAGUAGUGCGGCGGCGCAGUCAGGAGCUGAAGCUACAGGUUGAUAGUUUGCUUUCUGAAAGCCAACUGAAAGGAGCUCUAGAACCCAAUAAAAGGCAAGAGAUUUACCAAAGAUGUAUCCAGUUAAAACAGGCAAUAGAUGAAAAUAAAACCACUCUUCAAAAAUUAACGAAGGCCGAUGAAGCUGCACCUGUCGGGAACUAUAAUCAGAGGAAGGAGGAGGAGCAGACCCUCCUGGACAAGCUUACCCACCAGCUGCAGGAGCUCGCUGUGACCAUAAGUAAAGAAAAUACGACCAAGACUGGUGCACAUAUUGAAAAAGAAAAGGAUGAUGAGUCUACUGAAGAAGAACAAGAUGAUGAGGACGAGGAGGAUGAGGAGGAUGAGGAGGAGGAUGAUGGAGAAGACAGUGAAGAAAGUAGUGGAGGGGAAGAAGAAUCAGAAGAGGAGGAAGAGCAACAGGGAGAUGAAUCUGUUAAGCAAGCAGCAAAUAAAGAAUACAUUGCUCUUGGAGAUUUUACUGCUCAGCAAGCUGGAGAUCUUACAUUUCAGAAAGGGGAAAUUCUCCUUAUAAUUGAAAAAAAGCCUGAUGGUUGGUGGAUAGCUAAGAAUGCCAAAGGAAAUGAAGGUCUUAUUCCCAGAACCUACCUGGAGCCCUAUAAUAAAGAAAAAGAAGAGCAAGAAUCAAGUGACGAGGACAGCGAGGAGGAUGUGGAGGUGGUAGAUGAAACAGCAGAUGGAACUGAAGUUAAGCAAAGAACUGAUUCCCAUUGGAGUGCUGUUCGAAAAGCUAUCUCAGAGCAGAUAAACACCGUCGACGCGCUGACCAUGAUGGGGGCCAUCCCCACAGGCUUCCGGCCCUCCACGCUCUCCCAGCUGCUGGAGGAAGGGAAUCAAUUUCGAGCAAGUUACUUCUUACAGCCAGAGCUCACGGCGUCGCAGCUGGCCUUCAGAGAUCUAGUGUGGGAUGCCAAAUCGGGCACUAUCAGGCCAAGACCCAGCCGUGUUUCACUGGUCCUGACGCUGUGGAGCUGUAAGAUGAUUCCUCUCCCGGGAACGAGCAUUCAGGUCCUCAGCAGGCAUGUGCGCCUCUGUGUGUUCGACGGUAGCAAGGUCCUGAGCAACAUUCAUACAGUCCGAGCCACAUGGCAACCAAAGAAGCCCAAAACGUGGGCUUUUUCUCCCCAGGUUACUGGCAUCCUGCCCUGCUUGCUCAGUGGGGAUUGUUUCAUCAGGUCCAAUUCUUCAUCCCCAGACCUCGGAAUCUUGUUUGAACUUGGAAUUUCUUAUAUUCGCAAUUCCACCGGUGAGCGAGGAGAGUUAAGUUGUGGCUGGGCCUUUCUGAAGCUGUUCGAUGCCAGUGGUGUUCCUAUUCCAACCAAAACUUACGAGCUCUUCUUGAAUGGCGGGACUCCCUACGAGAAAGGCGUGGAAGUGGACCCUUCUGUGUCCAGGAGAGCACACAGCAGCGUUUUCCAUCAGAUGCUGACUAUGCGAAGGCAGCCUCAACUUCUGGUGAAACUGAGGUCUCUGAACCAGCGAUCAAGACACAUACUAAGUCUCCUGCCAGAAACACUGAUUGGAAGUAUGUGCUGCUCUCACCUGUUGGUAUUUUAUCGACAAAUUCUUGGAGAUGUGCUGCUGAAAGACAGAACGAGCUCACAGAACGCUGAUCUAAUCAGUCAUCCAGUGUUGGCCUCCUUCCCCCAGCUCUUGGAGCAGCCCGAGGUGAUGGACGCUCUGAGGAGUUCAUGGGCUGAAAAAGAAAGCACAUUGAAAAGAUCAGAGAAGAGAGACCGAGAGCUCCUGAAGGCCAGCUUCCUCCUGGUCUACCAUGACUGCGUGCUCCCGCUGCUGCACUCCACACUCCUGCCCCCCUUCAGGUGGGCCGAAGAGGAGACCGAGGCUGCGCGGUGGAAGAUCAUCGCUGACUUCCUCAAGCAAACCCAUGAGAACGAGGGCGCCCUGCAGGCCCUGUUGUCUCAGGGCGGAGUCCACGAGCCUUUCGACCUCUCAGAGCAGGCCUAUGACUUCCUGGGCGCUGGAAGGAGGAGUCCCAACUGAGGGCGGCUGCCUGGCCCGCAGCAUCUGUGGCUCUGGUAACAGAACUCAAAAUAACUGACCCAUUCUGAGAGCCUGCUCCUUUUUUGUACAGAUUAUAUUUUUAAAGAUAACAUUUAUCCAAUAAUACAAAUGCUUUUAAAAAAUAAAAUGAAUUUUAUAAGGAAUACUGUUACAUCUUAAUUUGAAGACAACUUUUUUCAAAAACCAACUACUGAAGUUUUAAAUUGAUAGUAUAGAUUUCUAUAAAAGCAAGAUCUUAUCAAAAGCUAAAUUGAUGAUUACUCAGAAAAGUGAAACAGCCCACAAGAUAGAAGAUACUUCCAAAUCAUAUAUCUGACAAGAAUUUCAUAUCCAGUAUAUAUAAAUUUACAAGUUCUGCUAAUAAAAUUUAUCUUCUCAUUUGUUACUCACUCAA